AUGGCAGACGCAGACCGCCAUGAGCACGAACAUGAACAUGUGCAUGCGCAGCGCGAGGUCGAAGCCAGAUAUGAACCCUCUCUGUCGAGUUCAGACUCGGACUCGGGCUCUUUAGAUUCGCGGCCUCGACGGAGACAGGGGUCUACGGCUAGUACACUGCGCACGACGAGAUCGGGUUCACGACCUGCAGAUAUCAGUCGCAUUUACUCUGGCGUGCAUCUUGAUGACCACUCUGUGUACCAUGGCGAGGACGACCAUGAUGGCUCGACAGAUGGGAAUGAGAAGGAUGUGCCAGAGCUCGAGGUUGACAAUGGGAUUGUCACAGAACGGGAUCGAGAUCUGGAGGCAAAUCGGCAAAGUCCGACGGCUGAGAUGGAGAAGUCGAGGACACAGCGUUCGGAGCAGGGUUCUGAUUCUAAGCUUGUAACGUGGAACGGCCCAGACGACCCCGAGAACCCCAAAAAUUGGCCCAUGAAGAAGAAGUGGGCGAUUGUGGUGACGGUCUCGUGCUUUACGUUUAUCUCGCCGGUUUCGUCGUCCAUGGUUGCGCCGGCCCUGACGACUCUUGCGAAGGAUCUGGGCAUUACGGAUGCGAUUGAGUCCCAGCUUACGCUGUCUAUCUUUGUGCUGGCGUACGCUUUUGGGCCGCUCUUCCUCGGUCCCCUGUCAGAGAUUUAUGGGCGUGUGAUUGUUCUGCAGCUGGCCAACUUGUUUUACCUGGUGUUUAAUAUUGCGUGUGGUGUUGCGCAGACCAAGGCGCAGAUGAUUGUCUUUCGGUUCUUUGCUGGGUUGGGCGGGAGUGCUCCGUUGGCGAUUGGCGGUGGCGUGCUAUCAGACUGCUUCAAACCCGAAGAACGAGGCAAGAGUGUUGCCAUCUACAGUCUCGCUCCCCUCCUUGGCCCAGCAGUCGGCCCUAUAGCCGGCGGGUUCAUCGCCGAAAACACGACCUGGCGCUGGGUGUUCUACGCAACCACCAUCGCCGACGGCAUCAUCCAAAUAGCAGGCCUCUUCUUCCUGAAAGAAACCUACGCCCCAAUGAUCCUUCGAACCCGCGCAAAGAAGCUGCGUAAGGAGACGGGCGAUUCCUCCUACCAAACCGAAGUCGAGCGCCAGAACAAGACUCUCGGCGAAACCAUCCGCUCAGCCCUCAUCCGUCCAUUCCGCCUUCUCCUUACUCAACCCAUCGUUCAAGCCGUCGCCGGCUACCUCGCCUACACCUACGGCGUCAUGUACCUGGUCCUCUCAACCUUCCCAACCCUCUGGACCGGCGCAGACUACUACAACGAGUCCAUCGGAAUCGGCGGCCUAAACUACAUCUCCCUAGGCAUCGGCUUCUGGCUCGGCUCGCAAAUCUGCGCUCCGCUUAACGAUCGUAUCUACCGGCACUUAAAGAGCAAGAAUAGCGGCGUCGGCAAACCCGAAUUCCGCAUCCCCCUCCUCUGCGUCCCCGCCUUCCUCACGCCCGCCGGCCUCUUCAUCUACGGCUGGACAGGCCAAUACAAGACCCACUGGAUCGCGCCGAACAUUGGCGCAGCCCUCUUCGGCAUGGGCACGAUCGUAACAUUCCAAUGUGCCCAGACGUACAUGAUCGACAGCUAUACGCGGUUCGCGGCGAGCGCGCUGGCAGCAAGUGCGUUUCUGCGAUCCAUUUGUGGGUUCGCGUUCCCGCUGUUCGCCCCGUAUAUGUAUGAUGCGCUGCAUUACGGGUGGGGGAAUAGUCUGUUGGGGUUCAUUAGUUUGGGAUUGGGCAUUCCGGCGCCGAUUUUCUUGUGGAAGUUUGGGGCGCUGCUUAGGAAGAAGAGUACGUAUGCGGCGGGGUAG